GAAGCUUUCUUUUCUUCAGAGCAUACAGGCACCUAGGUGGGUGAAGAAAGACCUCUACACGUCGUACGGCAUGGAUUCUCUAUGGAUUGACCAUGUCGGCGCCGUUCGCUAUGAAACCUAACAACAGCCGGCAAGCCCCGAUCACCCAUGCGUAGCAGUUCAUUCGCUCGCCGUGACAGAUGGACAGGAACCCCCAAGAAACCCCCUUAACAGUUCGCUAUCGCUGUUGUACAGCAGAUAGCCUCCCUCUUUUUAUACCCCUUUCCUUCCUCACAGGAUUCUUUCUUUCCCGACAGUACUGGUGUUACAUGUCCUUGAUUCCGCUGUGCCAGGUGCAAGCAUAAAGUUGUCGCUCAUUUCAACUCAUCCACUGGACGUGUCCGACAUACAGCGGGACAGAUGGCGUCGAACGCAUCUGCUUUGUCGGGGGGAGAGGGAGAUUUGGGUUCAGAGGAAACUAUUGGUAGUGGAGAGGCAAGUGGGAGUGCAAGUGGGAGUGGUAGUAGAAACAGGACAUCGACUGAAACAGUGAGGGCUCAAGCUGGUCCGUUGCCCUUCAAACGUGGAGAGAUUGGCUAUCGGGAAGACCACCAGUCUCAAAGUCAAACACCAUCGACUUCCACUACCUUGUUACCUGGUCGACAUCCUGCAGACCAUCCUCCAGAUGCGAGUGCACCACAGGCACCCUCUUCUCGUGCUAGUGAUGCAUCGUCCGACGGCUCCUCCAUGAAUUCCAUGGGCAAGCAUAGUCUCAUUUCGUUCUCAAACCUACCAAAAGUGGGCGGUGUACGCCUGGCUUCCCUCGGGAUACUGUUGCUGCAACUCUCAGCGAUAGGCGGGACAGUUGCUGGUUGGGCUGUCGUUGCAAAGCGUAUGCCUAAUAAUAGCUCAGGACCUCUGGGUAUCAAUUCCACGCUUAUCUUCGUUCAUAUUGCUUUCGCCAUUAUAACGCUGCUGCAAAUCGUCUUCCUCGAGCGAAGUAUCUUCCGGGUACGUGCUGAGCGAUACGCUCAUAAGCACCCUGGAGGUAUCCUCCCAUCAUCACGAAACCGAUUGGGUAACCCUGGUGGAAUGACACUUGGGAUAGCCCCAUGGAGUCGGCCGCCGCUUCCAAACUAUGCUGCAGCGCUUGCACAGAGCGGUCAUGGGACUGGGGAUGUGGAAGACAAUAUCAUCGCAGUCCCUCCACCUCCUGCGUAUGGAAACACGCGGGGAAGUACGCUUCUUCUCUCUGGGUUCAUCGGAGAGAACUUGCGCGCGCAGAGAACGCGAGAACGCGUGAGGGAAUCUCAGGGUACUGUGCGAGGAAGCUGGUUGAGCGGCCUUAGUCGGAGGAGCGAUCGGCCUGUCAGUUACCGGAGUCAUGAUUCAGCCUGGGAGGAGAGAGUGGAUGCACAUAGGGCGAUUCAGUUGGAGGAGACGUUGGCACGACUUGAGGAAGGUCGCGAAUCUGAACCAACUUCAACCUCAAGUCGUCGGUGACCUCCAGGAUUGGGGGCUACGGACAGAUGGUCUCAUUGAUUUGACUGCACUAAGGGACGGACCUUUGUAUGCUUGUAUAAUUUGCUCUGCUUUUCUUCGCGCGAACGUUCUGUUGUACACAAGCUCUGUAUGGAUGCUGACAUUUUCGAUCUCUGUGAUAUUACUAGCUCUUCCUCGUGUUGUCUUCGUUCGGCCGACUCACCUUCAUUUAAUUACAGGUCUGGUAGACGUUGGUCACGACAUUGGUCGAGCCAGGGAACAAUUAUUAGGACACCAAGAUCUUCACGUUUGUCAGCUCAUAUAUACUUUCAGUUCGCUUUCGUAAAUAUUGCUCGUUAUAUUGUCAUUCCUUGAACAUGACUUUUUUACUAAGAUCCCGAUCUUAUACGGUUAGAUGAGAUUGGAUGAACUUUGAUGCCGGUGCAACGAGUCAAUC